AUGUCUAAAUCAGAACAGCAAACAUCAUCACCUACUACUGAUAAUGCUAGCUUUGAAAGUGAUGCUUUAACUUCACAAACACAAGGACAAGAACUCCAAACUAAAAUUUUACCAUUUCCACAAUUUAAUCUUUCAUUUCCCGAGGCGGCUCAACCUGACAUAAUUAGGGCAAAUCAGAAAGAUGUUUACUAUCAAAGAGUUUUAGCAGAGCAAAUGUCACAGGUCUUUCGUUUGUUGUUGGGAACUCGUAGGCAGCAUCAAUGUCAAAAGGAAAUAACAAUAAUAUCAGAUUUUUGCUAUUUUUGUUUGACAACGUUAUUAGGAACCCAAACGUUAGGAGAAGAAUACUGUGAUAUAAUGCAAAUUUCUGUACCAGAUAAACAGUUACCAUCAGUUAAACCUUCUUUACAACAAUUAAAUUCACAAAAUAUAUAUCAAUCACCAUCAUCAUCAAUAAUCAACCGCGAUAAAUUUGUUAAUCUCAUCUACAAAUCAUUACCCAACGAAACAAAUUUCACCUUAACAUCUAAUUUGGGCUUGACUCCUCAAGAAGUUGCAGCAAGAAAAUGCACACUUUGUUUAUCGCCACGUAAAAACACAACAGCAACUCCUUGUGGUCAUUUAUUUUGUUGGUCAUGUAUUGUUGAAUGGUGUCAAAAUAAGCCUGAAUGUCCUUUGUGCAGACAAUAUGUAAAUCCAUCUCAUUUACUUCCAAUUUAUAAUUAUUAA